AUGGCGCUUAAACAGCCUACAGAUCUGCGUUACCCCCUUCCACCAAAACCAAGACUAACUCAAAAUUGGCACCCGAGAGGGCCCGAUGGCCACGUAGGAGACCUAGGCACAACACAAAGACUUUCACGUCAGUCGCUUCAAAUUCAGACAACGGUUGCAGUCCCAGCCUUAGCUCCAGAGCUCCAUGAGUCUAUAGAACCCCCACUAUCCAGGAGUCCUUUACCUGACAAACUCGAAGCGGGUGAUAAUACUUCAACUGCUGGUAAUGACGCUUCCCUCGAUUAUUCCAAAAACAACUCCAUAAUCAUCAAGAGUCCGGGUCAAGCGAGCCUCCCCAGCGCACUCCCGUAUCCGGUCGAUAGCCUCAAGGAUAGUACAAGCCAGCAACACCUCCUCGGCAGCCAAAUGACCCGUAAAAAAACUAAGAGGAUGGUGAGAAGGUCUCUUGAUGCUUCUUGGCCAUAUAGCAGCCCACAAUACAAGCUCAAAACCCCCAAGGUAAAGACGACAAAAACUACCACCUCCAAGCCUACUGGUAUUCCUGUUCCAGGAAAAUUCCGGCGAAGACAGCCGAAGGCGAGAGAGUGGACAGUCGAGAAAGAAAUGGUUCGUGGUAGGAUGUAUGGGUUUGUAGGUUGGGAUCCUAUGCAGGAAAGAAUUCGUGGUAGGAUGUCAGGGUUUGUAGGUUGGGAUCCUAUGCAGGAAAGAAUUCGUGGUAGGAUGUCAGGGUUUGCCAGCACAAAAGCUAUAAAAGCUUCCGCUGAUUCCUUCAGCAAAUUGUUCUAUUUCAACGAUAUGAGCCUCGGCCGGGAAGAGUACGUAUACGCAUCGCACGACAUGGAUAGCGAUAUGUCUUGGUUUCACGAGAGCACUGGCGUUUUCGACGACUUGGGCGGUUCACAAAUCAACCCUACCACGGAACCGAGAACAAACUCAAAUUUCUCAGGGUAUCCUGAACCCCAGCAGCAGGCUCCGACGGUUUCAGCUAGCGUAAAACCACAAACAGACCUACUAAGAGUAUUGAUACCGAUCCAUACGAUCCAGGCGCCGUUAGCUCAGCGGGGGAGCCGAGGGCUCUAUAACGAAGUCGCCAACUUGAGGGCAAAGGUCCAAAAGCUAGAAGCGGAAAAGCGUUCACUCAAGAACAUAGAAGAGAAACUCGCGAACCUAGAGAAACACCUCAAAGAAGGCCUCAUGCCGUGGUUGAACGAAAUAGCUGAUAGGAUUAACAACCUCGUCGCCGAAGUAUUUGGAGACAGGGGAGAGGAGGAACUGCCACAGAUGGAUAACUGA